AUGUUCUCCUCCGCCCUUGUCAUCCUCGCCCUCUCUGCUUCGGCUCUCGCCAACGUUUUCAUUACCUCGCCCACCGCUUCAACAACUUUCACUGGUGGAAAGGAAGCCACCAUUAGCUGGCAAGAUACCACUGAUGCGCCCAGCCUCAAGGACUUUGGCCUCGCUACUGUCUCUAUCUACGCUGGCAAUGCCAUCCAGCAGACGAGCCUUCAACUCAUCGUUGACAAUGUGGAUGUCUCAACCACCUCCUCAAUCAAAUUCACCCCCAACCCCCAAAUCGGCCCCAACAGCGACCAAUACUUCGUCCGUAUUGAGUCGAGGAACUUGAAGGAUGCUGCUCAGCCCCAAUUCCCCGCCCUCGCGUUUUCCGCCAAGUUCAAAAUGGACGGAAUGACCGGUACAUUCAGCCCCGCCGUUCAGGCCCAGAUCGCAGGACAAUCCACUGCUCCUCUCGCAGGAAGCACACCAGCAGCCACGGGUGCACCUGCCGCCUCAUCAGCCGCUGCCUCCACUACCAAGAGCGGCUCUUCCACUCGUGCAGCAACUAGCACCGGUAGUGCCCAAGCCGCCACCCAAACCGAUGGUGCCAUUGCUCUUGGCUCGUCCGCCAAGAUACUCGUCGCUGUUGUCGUCGCUGUCGCCGUUGCGCUGUGCUAG